AUGGCUUCGCCUACCAAAAACCGCAUGCCGUCGCAAACUCUAUUCGCUCCCCUCCACCAACAACUUCCCAGGAACUGCGAGCCACGAAACGGCCCUAGAAUUAUUGUCGAGCCGACGCAGGAGAACCAGAGGAUCUAUAAUGAAAUCCGCCAGACGCAUGAGCGCACGCGCCUACAAACCCACGUCGCAUCUCAGCAAAAUUUAGUACCUCCCCCGUCUGUUCCGUCUAAUAGUACUGUGCAUUCACCAAUCGAUGACCCCGAGACGCCCUCAACUCAAGAUAUUACCGCGCAGGACACGGAUCGGCCGAGACGGCCACGAGGUAAGAGGAGAGGACCGCUCAAAAAUGUUACAAGAUUGCACACCGCAUUGAAGCGUAAGCUUAAACUUGCUUGCCCGCACCACCGCGCAAAGAAGACAACAUGCGAUUGCCAUGAUUUCAGCAAGUUGGAGGAAGGCUAUACCAGCUCUACUCUUCUACCGUCUCCUAGCCUCGGCAUGUCGCAUGAUCAUAAUGGCACUCUGCCACUCACGCCUGUAGAGCAAGCCCUAAACCGUGAAACGUUCGGCACUGGCGGCGCUGCUCUAGCUACAUCGGAUCAUGACGGUAUCUCCAACGAUAUUAUUGACUUGCAAUCGCCGUUUGGAGAGCAUGAAAGCGUCAUCCGCUCGGAUGUGCGACAAAUAGUGACCGGAUUUAACACCGAUUCGGUUUAUCUCGACAGCACAAUGCUCCAAGCCCCGGGGCUACCGUACUACCCAGGCAACGAUAUUGGUUCACAAUCACCGAGGGAUCAUGCGCAAGAAGAUCUUCUUGAGAUUGGUAGCCAGAUGUCGGCGUUUCCGAAUCGCUGGCAGUGCGAAUAUAAAGGUUCGCCAGACACCGCGUCCGAGAUCUCGUCGGAGUCUUGUCCUUGGUCAGGACCUCUCCAAGACCUAUCCUGCCACUUUAAAACAGCGCACCACCCUUUCCACGACGCCUCCCCACGCUUCUGGAUUGUCUAUGAUCUUAACUCGCCACUGUCGUCGUCUUGUAGCCGAUAUCGUUGUUCUGGCCCUUACCAGAGAUGGUACUACGGAUCAACCAGGGAAGAAUCUACGCUGGGGUCGGCAGUAGCCCUAACUCAUUCUGACGAGUCGGAGGCUGGGUUCUCUUGCAACCUUCAGUUGGAAGGAAACCAGCCGUGGCUAGGUGGCGAAGGCUCAAUUCGCGGGACGAUGGCAUAUUUCGGAGCCAGUAGCUCAUACGAACGUCCGCAUUCUUACAAAGGCAGAUGGGGUACGAGUAUCGAUUCGUCCGAUUCCUCCUCUGACUGCAGUCAUUGCCCGCUGGAUGAUUUCCGCAUUCGAGAUCGGAAAAGCUGCACUCGGUGGCAUCCAUCGGAUAUGGGGAUGAAAAUAUCUCACUGCAACUGCCAGCCGAGCCGUUCACCCCUCCAAUGUUCCAUACGUCUAUUGCCCUUUGCUAAAUUACCUAUUGGCUACUUACUCUCAAUCAUGUUACCAUUAGUCACUACAAUUAUUCGAGAAAGUGGCUACUUCACCGAGUCAGCCCCGUCAACUGUUCGCGUUGUUGAUGCGGAUGUAAUAAGUUGGUGGUCCUUGUUAUCGCUCCUAGUUGGAUUUGCGACGACAUGGAAUAUUAAAGACCGGGCAAAAUAUUGGGUUAUAGACGAGUCUGAAUACCGAGCUCGCAUUAACCACCGUCCUAAAAAUCGACAUUCCUUUACCGAAACCUCGCUAUGGCGUCGUUUCGGAACUCUAAUAACAGCGUAA